AGAAAGUGUAACCUAAUGCAGUUAUAAAGGAGCGACCUAAAGAUGGCGACGAAAAGUGACAGGAAGCGUAAAGCGGCCGAGAAACCGGCGCACGAGAGCACCGCUUUAUAUUAUUGGGCUGUAAAUCUUUUGGGUCUUGGUUUCGGUUAUUUGCAUCGGUGGCAUGUAUCCACGAUCUUUGAAAAUGACCGACACUUCUCUCAUCUUUCGGAGAUGGAACGAGAAAUGUCUUUCAGGACCGAGAUGGGAAUGUAUUACUCCUAUUACAAGACUAUCGCUGAGUCGAAAGACUUUUUCGAUGGGAUGAAUAAAAUCAGUCAUGACAAUCUAUCAGAGUAUGGGAAUGUUAUUGAUGCUAGCAGAAAGUAUAAUCUUCUACCCGAAAUUGUAGCAGGUUUCCUUUAUCAUAUUGCAAAAAGUCUUGGUAUCAUAUUACAAGAGCGAUGUUGGCAGAUAGAAAGAGAGGACAUGCCAUCCGUAACUAGCUGCGAAGGACUGGGCGUACCUGUGCACUUCUAUUUAGAGAUAGUUUGGUUGUCCACAAUUUUCACAGCGGCAAUACUUUUUUACUAUGCAAUGUAUUUGAGUAAUUCCAUUUAUGGUGGACUCCUAACCAUUUUGUUCUUCUUCUUUAAUCACGAUGAAUGCACCCGCGUUCAAUGGACACCACCGUUGCGAGAAACAUUUGCGUAUCCUAUGUUACUCUUUCAAAUGUACAGUGUUACAAUGGCUAUUAGAAAAUACGCAAAACAUGAUUCGGACAAGGAGCCAACUUCAUUAAGGAACAAGACUAGACAAGGAUUAUUCAUGGAUAUAUUUGGUUCAACAAUUUGCAGCUUGUGCACCUGGCAGUUUUCGCAUUUUGUUUUUACUACGCAAAUUAUUGCAAUUCUUAUAUUAAAGUGGCUGAGGAUCGUCCCAUACGAUUUUUACAAAAACUUUUGUACGGCUCAUGCCUUAGCCAUUGCAGCAGCGAGUAAAAUAACAAAUGGCACUCUUAUAAUUUGCUCGUUCUACACGUGUAUCAUAAUCGGCAGCAAUGUGGCCAGUUUUCUAAUGAAGUUAUCCCGAUUCCAAAACAUAAAGCGAGAUAUUAUUCUGGAGAUCGCUAUGACAAUCAUAUUUACAAAGUGGAUAAAGUCUUACAUUUUAUAUUCUCAAGAUGACGCUCAUGUGUUCAAUAUAUUAAAAUCUAAAUUAACCGGCUAUAGAGACUUUCAUACUAUGCUUUACACAUGCGCGCCAGAAUUUGAUUUCCUACAAUACAAAACUUACGAAGCGAUCAUUAUGACUUUAUUGCUACCAACAGCGAUACUCGUUGGAAUGCUUGUGCUAUAUUAUUGGUACAGGAAUUUCAAGACGAGCAACUAUCCGCUUUGCAUAGAAGCUGAUAUGGCUUACAAUGGUCUGCAAACAGGCGCUUUUAUCAUCAUGGCCAUUUUUAUUAUGAGACUGAAAUUGUUCAUGACUCCGCAUCUUUGUAUAAUAGCCGGUGCGGUGUGUAGCAAACGAUAUCUGGAAAAAGUCGGUUUGAAGGGCGAGCUCAUGCGACUUGCCAUUUUUAUUCUUCUCUUGGGCGGUAUGUCAUAUCACGGUGUUGACAGAUUUCAAGACGAGCGCGGAUUUAUAGGCGAAUUCAACAAUAUUGAACAAGAAAGGCUAUUUAAUUGGAUAAAAAAUAAUACACCAAAAAAUGCCGUAUUCGCGGGAAAGAUGUCAUUGACGGCGAAUCUGAUGCUGUCUACCGGAAGACCGAUCGUUAAUAAUCCUUACUACGAGAGCAAAGAGAUGAGGGAUAGAACUAUGAAGGUUUACGAGAUUUUCAGUCGGAAAGACGUCAUUUCUGUUUAUAAUUCUUUAAGAGACAUGAAAGUCAGUUACAUCGUAUUAGAGGAACAACUGUGCCUUGGAACUGCAAACUUACCACGAGGAUGCCAAAUGAUCGAUUUAUGGGACGUGGUCGACAAUGGAACGGCGAAAGCCGCGAACAAGAUGCCUUUGUGUCCUCUUCUAUUUAAAGGAAAUGCGCAUCCGUUCAAGAGAGCAUACGUUAAUAAUAACUACGUCGUGUUGCAAUUGGACUACUCGCAUUACAUAGAAAUAGAAGUUAAACCAAAGAAAUUAAUUCAAACUUCCAUGCAUAUAUAGAUUUCACGAUUUUUAUAUUUUCAAAUAAGUGAAAAGCCCUCGAUAAACAUAGGAUACUUCAUGAGAUUAUAAAAGCCUAUUUUUCUUAACAAAAAGUAUUAUCUAUAUUAGAAAAAAAAAUAUAUAUAUAUAUAUAUUUUUAAUACAGAGAUUCGCGCGGGUAUAAAUUAAAUGUUGACACUACAAACUUUCGAAUAUGCCUAUCAAGCACAGGCUUAAUCAUGCGUGUAAUCUGUGAAAAGACAAAAUAAUUUUAAGAGACGUGUAAUGUGUUCCUAGGAUUAUGGAAUAGAAAUUAUUUUUUUCUUUGGUUCAAAAACAAUCAUCUUUUAGUAUACAUGUCUUUUAGCACGCUUUUAGCAUUUAAAAAAUAUAGCUUGCAUGUAUUGCAGAAUGUAUACAUAUACAUAUAUAUAUAUAUACAAAUACACAUCAAAGUUAUAAUUUGCGAAAUUUUGUAAUAAUAAGAAAACGGGCAGUUAUUGAUUAUCUGGCGAGAAUAUACAAAAGAAAGUGAUGCCCCAUUUCGCAUAACGUGAUGCAUGCACUUGUGAUAAUUUUCUUAUACUUAAUAUUACAUAUAUACAUAUAUACAUAUAUAUGUACAUACAUAUAUAUAUAUAUAUAUAUAUAUAUAUAUAUAUAUAUAUAUAUAUACUACUCAGAAAAUUAAAGAAAAUUAAAGAAAUAUUAUUACACUUUCUUUCUUCUAUAGAAAAGACAAUUUUUAAAUGGCUGCAACUUUGUUGUAUAUAAUUGCAUUGAGAUAAAAAAGCGUUACAAAGCUUGAAGUUUCUAGUUUUUGAAUCUUUUAGUCGAUUUCAAUUAUUUUUAUUUAUUACAAAAUUAUAUUAUAAAAAAGCAUUGAUUAAACAAAUUUUUUAAAAGUUUGUCAAAGAAAAAAAAAAUGUAGCACAAUUUCGUUAAUUGAAUUUUAAAGAGCAGAGUUUUGUCAUUAAUUUGCUUUUCCAAUGAAUGUCCUAUUUUUUUCGCCAAAUUAUUCAUUAUUGAAAUAAAAUCAAUCUUUGAGAGUUCAUAACUAGUGAGAAAAUUAUUGUAUAAUGAUUAUUAAAAAAGCAAAAAGGGAAAAGGGAAAAAUCGGCACUUUAAAAUGCACUAAUUGCUUCGACUUUUUGCAUGAGUAAUUGGAAUACUUUUUACUUGUAAAUAUUGUAGAGUACAUAAAAAUAAUAGCGUUUUUUCAUUAAUUUUUGUCAUUGAUUUAAAUAAAAAAAAAAUAAAAGUGCAAUUUUUACUUGAUUUUAAAGUGACCAUUACAAGUAACGAUUAAUUAAAAAAGCAAUUAGUGCAAGUGCUGACAUUUCUCUUUUAAUUGCUUUAAAAUCUUUAAAAUAUAGUUAACGCAAUUGUGCUACAAUUUUUUUUUUAUUUCUUUGACGCUCUUUGACAAACUUGUGAAAAAUUCGUACAAUCGACGACGUUUUUUCAUAAUGUAAUUUCGUAACAAAUAAAAAAAAAUUAAAAUCAACUAAAAAGAUUCUGAAACUAAAAACUUCAAGCUUUGUAACGCUUUUUUAUUUAUCUCAAUCCGAUUACAUGCGACGAAGUUGUAGCCACUUGAGAAUUGCCUUUUCUGUAAAAGGAAGAAAGUGGCCCUUUAAUUUUUUUGCGUAGUGUAUAUAUGGCGAUAUAUACUUGCGCGCGCCAUUUUUUAAUUUUGAACGAACAAGUAUUAUAUUGUAUUUAAUUAUCAUUUCAUUUAUCCUGCUGUUAAAAUUAGUUACAAACACAAGAUAUGUACAUCUGUGCCAACAUCAUUAAUUAUUAUUUAUUUAUAUAUUCGUAUAUUAAUUACAACAUAAAAAUUCCUUCAUAUUUAAAUAAGAUUUUCAUCGAUUUAUAUGAGCAUUUCGCAGCACGCACAUUGGACAAUAAUUCUCCACUCUCUUCGAUGUCGAUUAAAAUUAUUCAAUCGUUUAUUAUAUGAUCAUAUAAAUGUUAUUGUAAUUUUAAUAAAGAAAUUAUAAAAAUAUACUUACGUCUAUGCGAAAAAGA